UUGUGUCACUCUGGCUUCAAUGUUCAAAAUCAUUGGAUUGCGUACAGUACUAACGUCCCAAAGGGCGCAGGGCGCACUCUCAAAUCACAUGUCCCGACUGCUAGGGUACCCGGUACUGCAAAGUAUCUUGACACGUAAGACGAACAAGAACAACAGAAGUCAAAUUCCUCCCGAAUCGGAUGCAAGGAAGUUAACAGGCAGCCAUAUCUAUUCAGUUUCGGUAAGCAAGACCAGCUCCGGGACGUCCAAGCGCAGUAUUUCGUCGGAGUCCCUUGCCCCCGCUAUGGAGGAAUCGAUGCUCCUGUCGCUGUCGGAAGACGUGCUGCUGACCGUGCUGGCCUACCUGAGGCCCGAAGAGCUGCUGCGCUGCCGCCUGGUGUGUCGUCGGCUCCGAGAGCUCUGCCUGCACCGGGUCCUGUGGCGGAAAGUCAAACUGACUGACUGGGACAGGAACUUGCUGCAUGCUGCGUUCGGUGUCGCGCCGUGCAUUUCCUCGUUGCAGUGCGGUGGUAAUUCGUCCAUUGCCACCCUGGGCUACUUUGUGGUGGGCACCGCCUGCGUUGUCACCAAGCUUAUGUUGAUUGUGGAGAGCGUUAGCGAGGCUGCUUCGGCGACGGCAGUAAUUUGCAAGCUCACUGCCCUUGGUGGUUUAAGAAAGCUGGAUCUACGCAUAAGAUACGACCCUCGAGAGUGCCCUAUGGUAAUGAUGACGCUUAUGAAGGCGGCUUACUGCAUCGAGGGUCUACAGGAGCUCCAUUUCGCCAACUCUGUCUUAAAGCCACUGCCGGCUCUAACAGGAGACCUGGACGUGAGGCCCUCCUUAACUCGGCUCACCUACCACGCACGUGAUGCAGACUCCUUCCUCCUGCUUUUGCUUAAGACCCACGCGGCAACUCUUCAGGCCGUGCAACUUGAUAUUUUGACUGACGUCCCUGUGUCAUCAUUGGCCAAGCUUAAUGAGUUGCGCUCCUUAGAAUGCUACCCCAGUGAAGACUUGUCGCAGCUGGCAUCAUUGCCGAAGCUCGAGUCGUUCGCACCGUCGUGGACAGCCGGCAACCUCAUCCCGGCUGGUGCAUUGGACUUCCUUUCUCAGGCGCCGCAUCUGCGAACCUUGUUGCUCUAUCCCCCCUGCACGAACCCCGAAGCUCUCCUUCGGUCACUGGUUGGGUCACGCUCUGCUCAGUUUCUCGUACAGCUAGACGUCUGCGCUUCAGCGGAUCUCUGGGACCUCUGCGUGGCACCCGCCCUGUCCAACUUCCACUCCCUCCAGUCCCUGGACAUGGGCUGUGAGCCUUCCGACGUGUUCUUGCGGGCUGUUAGCCCUACAUCGGUGCCCUGCCUCACGUCAUUGCUUGUGGCCUUCAGCAAAGGAUCCUGCCUCCACGCUUGGUUCCACCGGCCCGCCAUUCAGGACGUUCUCGUGAGGAACCCUCGACUGCACCUUCGACGCAGCAUAUACUACUACACCUCCGAGAACCGGUACUCUGGGUACUCCUCGUACUGUGGCGGCGAAGACGGCAGCUGUAUGUGGUGCCACUGGGGUUGCCACGGAUCGCUGAUGAAAGUAUCUUGGAAUAAAGUGGCCGCCUCAGCCCACGCCAGGAGAGCUGCCUGCCCUCGUGACUGCGUACAAGUGGCCAGAUCAGCUUGCCCGUCUUGCGACCUUAGCUCUCCAGCCAUCUGAGGACCGAAUGGUUUCCAAAAUGCGUGCAGUUAAACUGGGAGUUGCAUACACUUUCCUUAAAUGUUGGCUUAAUUAAUAACUUGCGCCGGUUACAUUAUGCACUGUCCCUCGCAACGUUGUUACGUAGUCUGAAUUUGUUCUGAUUGUGAUUUACGGUAUUAGGAUUAAACUUCUCUUGUGUGUGUCUAACGAUUUUUAGAGGGAAAUUGCCUUUAAUUUGUGUCUACAUCAUGAAUGCAGAAUCAAACGUUUUUUGUCGUGUGAGAUCUAUGUGAUGCGCUUUAUUGUAAGGAUUUCACGAUUCAAAACUAUGUGCUGAAGUAAAUAAAAACUAAUACCUUGUUCUA